AUGCCGAAGGCGCCUAAAAUAGACGAAUCUCGUGUACUCGAGGCCUGCGAAGCCGCCCAGCGCGAAAAAAAACCGAAUCCAGCGAAGAUCGCGCGGGAAUAUGAUGUUUCGUACGAAAUACUGCGCGGUCGCAUUCGCCGGGGUCAACAGGCUCGUAGCGCCCGUAUACCUAAAAACAAAGCUCUUGAUGAGUAUCAGGAGAAAGCUCUAGUCUAG